UAAUAAUUAACUUAAUGAAUUCAGAUUCCCAAAUGUGCUUACCUCAUUCUCUUAAAGACAUCUGGAGUGAUGACUUGGUGUCAUGAGAAGGAAGUGACGAGUGUUCGCCACAGAUGCCCAAGGUAACACAUCAGUUUGAGAACACUCUGAGGGACAACAAGGGCAAGCCACAUAAUAAGGACUUAUACAGGGAAGUAAAAACUCCUAGUAACAAUAAGCUUGAUGGCCCUCUUGAUGGAGGUGUUCAUCAAGGUUCUUUCUUGCUAGGUUCAACUGCUUUAGAAAUAUGAACUUCCCGCCAUAAGAAGACUAAAGCCAAAACCUACACCUUUAGCCCUUCUCGGAGAUAUUUGGACAAGAAGCAGAUGAAAUUGUUGCGAAAAAUUCCAUCAAGCGAUAUCCUCCAAAUGUUGCUAACCUAAGAGAACUUUUGUUAUUAAAAGUUCAGUUA